AUGUCUACAGUCGCUGAAUCCGCCGCUAUCGCCCCGGCCCACGUGCCGCGGGUGCCCAUCCCACCUCGAGGCGUCGACUAUCGCGGUAAAAUUGUCCUCGCCCCCAUGGUUCGCUCGGGCGAACUCCCCUCCCGCCUCCUAGCCCUGCACUACGGCGCAGACUUAGUCUGGGGCCCCGAAACUAUCGACCGAGCCAUCGUCGGUGCCGAGCGUCGUGUGAACCCGCGCAACGGAACCAUCGAGUUUACCCGAGUCCCCUCGAACGGCGGCCGCGCCGAAAAGGCUGUCAAGGAAUCGGUCAUCUACCGCCUCGACCCCGAGCGUGAGAAGGGCAAACUUGUCUUCCAGCUGGGUUCCGCCAACCCGGAUCUUGCUGUGCAGGCGGCCAAGGUCGUUGCUGGCGAUGUGUGGGGGAUUGACCUCAACUCGGGUUGUCCCAAGCCAUUCAGCACCAGUGGCGGGAUGGGUGCGGCUCUGCUGCGAACCCCGGACAAGCUGGUGUCAAUUCUCGAGGCCCUAGUCCGGGAGGUCGGCGAACCCUACCAGAUUGGCAUCUCUGUGAAGAUUCGUAUCUUGGAGACCCCUGAACUGACCGAGGCCCUGGUCUCGCGUCUCGUCCGUACCGGCAUCACCGGACUGACGGUCCACUGCCGCACAACGCCGAUGAGACCGCGCGAGCGAGCUAUUCGCGAUCAGCUGCGUAUGAUCGCAGACAUCUGCCACAAGGCAGGUGUGGCGUGUGUGAUGAACGGCGACGUGACCUCUCGCGACCACGGACUGAAGCUUAUGGAGGAGUACGGCGUUGACGGAGCCAUGAUCGCCGUCUCGGCCGAGGCCAACUCGUCCUGCUUCCGCACCGAAGAAGCUGGCGGACUCGCUCACUGGCGUGAUGUCGUCUACCAAUACAUCAAGUUCUGCAUCGAGAGCGAAAACCGCUACGGCAACACAAAGUAUCUCCUCAACAUGCUCAUUCCUGGCAAAGCGCAAGAGUUCAAAGAAGCCAAGCAAUCCAAGACAUACACGGACGUCUGUCGUCGCCUCAAAUUCGACGACCUCGUCCCUCAGGCAAUGCAGCUCGACGAGAUCCUGGACCUCACCCAGAAGCAGGAGUUGAAUGGUCCCACUCAGCCCUCCGCCCCGAAAGCCGUGCAGAACGCCAGGGACAACAAUGAAUCUGCGCGUGCGGCCGGAGGCGAUAACACGAGGCCUAACAAAUCCAAUGCCUCCACUACGUCCAAUGUUGGUCCCAUUCGCACCUCGUCUUUUCCACACCCAGCUAAAGCAGCCAAGCCUCCCUCUGCGGUCGAGACAAACAACUCUCCCUCCACUCCCGCCGCCGCCGUCGCCGUCGAUGCACCGGUCUCAGCUCCAGAGAUUUCGCAACAGCCUGGUGUGACUGCGUGA